CCGUCGCGUCGCGUCCCGCCCCGCCGCGCCAUGUCGCUGAGUCCCAAGCACACGACGCCCUUCUCGGUCACCGAUAUCCUCAGCCCGAUGGAGGAGAGCUACAAGAAGUUCGGCGGCAUGGACGGGGCGGGCGGGCUGGGCGCGCCCCUCGGGCCGUACCGCCAGGCGUCCGUGGCCCCCGCCACCGCCGUCCCGCAGCACGUUCCCGCGGGCGCGGCCGCCUAUCACAUGCCCCACGGCGUUUCGCAGUUCCCGCACGGCGCCGUCGGGGGCUACUGCAACGGCGGGCUGGGCAACGUGGGCGAGCUGCCUGCCUACCCCGAGGGGAUGCGGGGCGGUGCGGCGGCGGGCGGCGGCUGGUAUGGGCCCGGCGGCGACCCCCGCUACUCCAGCAUCUCCAGGUUCAUGGGCCCGUCGGCGGGGAUGAACGUGGCCGGCAUGGGCGGCCUGAGCGGCAUCGCCGAGGGAGCCAAGGCCAUCGUGCCGCUGCACGCGGCGCCGCGGAGGAAGAGGAGGGUGCUCUUCUCCCAGGCGCAGGUCUACGAGUUGGAGCGGCGCUUCAAGCAGCAGAAGUACCUGUCGGCGCCGGAGCGGGAGCACCUGGCCAGCCUGAUCCACCUGACCCCCACGCAGGUGAAGAUCUGGUUCCAGAACCACCGCUACAAGAUGAAGCGCCAGGCCAAGGACAAGGCGGCCGCCCAGCAGUUGCACCCCGACGGCGGCGGCGGCCUGUGCCAGCAGCCCUCGCCGCGCCGCGUGGCCGUGCCGGUGCUGGUGAAGGAUGGCAAACCCUGCCCGCCGCCGGGCAACGGCACCCCGGGCCCCGGCCCGGUCGCCCCCGCGGCCCCCGCCGGCGCCGCGCCCGCUGCGCACCCGCCCCCCGGCUCGCUGGGGCAGGCGGCCGACCUAGAGGAGCUGUCACCCAGCCCGCCGGCGGUCAACGGCCCCGUGGCUCCCCUGGCCCCCCUGGACUCGGCUGGCCUCGACUACAACGGCGGCAUGGUCAGCCCCAACCUGCUCUACGGCAGGACGUGGUAAUCGGUGCGUCCCGUGUGUGUUCCCCCGAUAGCCCCGCUCCUCCGGCACCGGACGCUCCGCCCUGCCCGGUGCCCGCGGGGAUCGCCGACGGCCGCCCCACCCCCGGUCCCCUCCCGGCCUCCCUUCGAGUUUUUUUUAAGUCUCUCCUGGUUUUGGACAAACGGCCCCGACGGCAGCGCCGAGUGCUUGCGUGAGUGUGGGUCAGUGUGAGUGUUGGUAUGCACGCGUGUCCGCGCCUCCGUGUCCCGGCCGCCGAGAGCUCCUCCCGACGGAGCGGGGACAGCCAGGGCAGUGCGGGGCUACGCUCCGGCCUGGCCCUUCUCCCCGGCGGUAGCGCAGCCCGGGAGCCCCAGCGCGCACCGCGACAGCCCCGCGGAGCGCCACAAUAUUCUGAAGCGCAACUCAUCUCAGCCGAAUUAAUUUCGUGGGGGUGCCCCGAAAUGCCAUUCCGUUCUUAUCUCCAUACGAGGUAAAUUGAGUCGCAGCUCAGUUCAGGCGGGAGCCGUGGCAGGAGAGCCCUGGAGCGCCGGUUCUCGGAUUUAAGGGGAAAACCCCGUUUUUCUCGUUGUUACUAAAUACCGCGCAGUUAAUGAAUGCCCGUGCGUGGACGCGGCGCGCGUCCCGCGGAAUCGCCUCAAGCCCCCGGCCCUUGGCUCAGCUCCUGACGAGCUCAGAGCCCUGUGGAGGUGACGGAGAGCCCAGGGAUUCUCGGGGCUGGACCCCGCUUCCCGCCGGGAUCGGACCCCGCAGCAGCCGGGGCCGGAGGAUGCGCUGCGCUGGAGCGGGGUUUAUCCCCGCAUCACUUUCCGAGGAAAUCCCGCACGUCGGGAAACGCUCAUCGGGACUUUCCGGCAAUUUUUCUUUUAUUUUUUAUUUUAAUUUGAUUUUAAACAAUAAAAGGAAGCCUUGUUCUCACGA